AGAUGAAAAUUUUAAUUAGUCUUUCAAGUUCAAAAUCAAAUUCGCCCCGAGGGUGUAAGUGCUGUGGCAUAGAGCAUUCACAAGGUUCUAACCCAGCACCCCUCCACGAAACAAAUAGAAACAAAUUCAAGCAUCAGUGAAGUCUUCAAGGAGUUUCCCGGCAGCUUUUUCACUUCUGGUCUUCACACUAACGCACAGCUACCAAUAGAAGUGUUUACUUCGUGUGGACACUUAAUGCUUCCUGAUACGAACCUUGAUUUUUCUUAGGGGAACAGUUUUGAUAUUCAUCUCUGACCUCAACCAUGGAAGGAUGUUGACGACUGAAAUCGUUAUGAAUAAACAUUUACUAAGAGCUACUAGGUUUAAGAGAAGUCCUGAAUAGAGAAACAUCAUUUGUAAUUUGCCUUUUGUAUGCUAAAUGUGGAGCUAGUAAUUUCAUUGACUGCCCAUUAAAUCCCAUUUAAUAAAUAGAUAGGGAUGUUCUUUUACGGAGGGUAAUCUUAUCCUGUUGAGGCCUUUAACGUUUGGUGUAAAUAACUAUAACGCCAUUCUAAUCGUUGUGUCUCCUUUCUGAGAAUGUCGGUCCUUGAUCUAGUUGGUUAGAGUUCCGGUUUCCCAUAGAAACAAAAGGUCCCGUGAGAGUGUAGAGAAACAGGAAGUUCGGGUUUCUCUUCCGGUUUAUACCGGAAGUUGACGCGAAGCAUCCGCGCAUGGAUGCCCCUGGAGAGCAUGCCGCUCGUCGUGGUGUGCGGGCUGCCGUCCAGCGGCAAGAGCCAGCGGACGGAGGAGCUCCGUCAGGCGCUGACCAGCGAGGGCCGCGCGGUGUAUGUGGUGGACGAUGCAUCGGUGCUGGGCGCGCAGGACUCGACUGUGUACGGCGACUCGGCGGGUGAGAAGGCGCUGCGGGCUGCGCUGCGGGCCGCGGUGGAGCGGCGCCUGAGCCGGCAGGACGUGGUCAUCCUGGACUCGGUCAACUACAUCAAGGGCUUCCGCUACGAGCUGUACUGCCUCGCCCGGGCCGCGCGCACGCCGCUCUGCUUAGUUUACUGCGUGCGGCCGAACUGGCCGAACCGUGGGCUUCGGGAGGCUGGCGCCUCCGAGAACCCGGACCCGGCUGUCAGCGUGAGCUGGAGGCCGCGCGCCGAGACCCGGGGGAAGUCUCCGGCGGCCGGCGCUGUGGAGGAGCAGCGCGCCACCAGCCCCGUAGCAAAUGGGCGGGUCCCGGCCGCUGUCCCAAAGGAACUGGAUCCAGAGGAAAUCCUGCCACCAAACCCUUCCGCUGUCAUGACCCCGGGGUCCGAGAAAUCUGCGGAGCCGGCGUCCUGUGCCUUUCCCCCCGAGGUUCUGGAGUCCUUAGCGCUGCGCUUUGAGGCUCCCGACUCCCGGAACCGCUGGGAUCGCCCCUUGUUCACCGUGGUGGGUUUAGAAGAGCCAUUGCCCCUCGCGGAGAUCCGGUCUGCGCUGUUUGAGAAUCGGGCUCCCCCACCCCACCAGUCUACGCAGUCCCAGCCUCUAGCCUCUGGCAGCUUUCUGCACCAGUUGGAUCAGGCCACGAGCCAGGUGUUGACUGCUCUGAUGGAAGCACAGAAGAGCGCUGUGCCCGGAGACCUCCUAAAGCUGCCUGGCACCACGGAGCACCUCCGAUUCACCCGACCCUUGACCUUGGCAGAAUUGAGUCGCCUCCGUCGCCAGUUUAUUUCCUACACUAAAAUGCAUCCCAACAACGAGAACCUGCCUCAAUUGGCCAACAUGUUUCUUCAGUAUCUGAACCAGAGUUUGCACUAAUGAGGUAGAGGGCAGCAGCUGUGGCUCGUGUCUGAAUUCCACUGUACUUUGUCUAGGAAGAAUUGUCCGAAGGUCUGCAAAGCAUACUGUAGUAAGAUUGCUAAGUUUGACUCGUUUUCUUAACUGCCACUGCCAUACCCUGAGUGUGUAGCAUAAGCUGAGGCAUUGAGUGCUCCAAAAACACCAGGGGGCUUCAGGUGGAGUCUACUUGAGAAUACUACAUACCACUGUUGGCCUUCCACCGGGAUGGAGAAGUGUUUUAAGUCAACUGUGAGUAGAAAUGGAAGAUAACAGUUCUGUAUUCGUGAUGGCCCUUUCAUACUCCAAUUAUUUUUGAGCACAGAGCCUCUUGCUUCUGACCUGCCACUUCGAACACAGAUCUUUUGUUCUGUCCCUGGGAAACUGAUAUUUGUGUAAGACAACCAUUAGAUAUUUUCUCUAAUAAAAUCUUCUGAAAUUACCUGCUGGACUCUUGAUGUAGUUUAAUGUUUCCCCUGCAACUUAGUAUUUUAUAUAUACAUGUAGUAUUUUUAUACGAGAGGCUUGAU